AUGGAGCCUGAGAGCGGAACGUCGAUCAACCAGAAGUAUCUGGACCAACAGAGCCGCACCAUCGGCACCUAUGGCCUCGAGACCAUGGCAAAGCUAAUCUCCUUCAAGGUGAUUAUUGUGGGGUGCGGUGGCGUUGGGAUCGAGAUCGCGAAGAACCUAGCACUUGCUGGCAUUCACACUAUCCGCUUCUAUGACCCUCGCAUGCCGACGGUGCAGGACAUGGGUGUGAAUUUUGCCGUCACACCGCAGUCCAUGGCAUCAGGCAAGACGAUGGCGGAGCUGUCUGCUGCUUAUAUUUCUGAGCUGAACCCCAACACGCGCGUGCGAGUACUGACAGAGUUGGCAGAGGCCACCGUCGCAGACAACGUCGCUCUCAUCUUCACAGCCGCGGCGCCAGAUCUCAGCCUCACGACGCUGAAGAAAUGGAACACUUUCUGCCACAAUCACGUGCCGACCAUCUCAUUUGUGCUGGCGCUUCAGAUGGGCACAAUGGGGUCCGUGUUUGCCGACCACGGUCCUUACUUCGUUGUCAGGGACGCCGACGGGCGGCCCAUGCUACAGAAGCUCAUCACGGAAGUGGCGACGCUUCGUGACAAGACAGGUGAGUUGUAUACACGCAUCCGCUACGAGACGCCCGAAGGGCAGACGCCUGGCGCCUUACGCGACUAUACACAGAUAAAGCUGAGCGAAGUACAGGGGCUUCUCCAACCAGACGGCACCUCUGUGAAUGGUCAGGUAUACGACGCCAUCGUCUGCCCCUCGGACCCACGGGAUACUGUACGCGUGUAUCCGGCGUUUGAGACGCAGGGGUACAGCCCAUAUCAGACAGGCGGGUUUCUUCAUGAGUUGAAAGAGGUAACGACACUUGCCUUCCGCCCCCUAAGUGAAGCGCUGCCGGCGCCAGGGGCCUUCAUCCCAGUGAGCCCGAUGAUGGACAACUCCGAAGAGUCGCUGACCCAUCUGACGUUGCAUGCGCUGCUUCAGUACGCCGACUCGCAUGGGGGGCAGCUGCCUGAGCUUCACAACGCAGCGCAGGCCGCUGCGGUAGUUGAGCUGGCGAAGAAGAUCCUGGAGGACAAUAAGGCGAUGCCCGUGCCACCGGAGCAGCGUGUCACUGGCAAACCCAGCAAGGCGGAGUUCCCCUACAAGUUGCCGCCGCCGCCAGUGCCGGUGCCGAUGGUGCUCGACAACCUAGAUGAAAGGGCCGUCUUGGCAGAUGCUCUGCUCGCCCGCGCUGAGCUGCAACCCCUUGCCUCCUUCUUUGGUGCUGUCGUAGCCCAGGAGAUUGUGAAGAUUACCGGCAAAUAUUCCCCCAUCCACCAGUGGUUCCACCUCUCUUGUGCAGCUGUGCAGCCCCAAUGUCCUAACUACAGCAGCGACGAGUUCCGUCCGAUGAACUCGCGGUACGAUCACAUCAUCUCCAUCUUUGGCAAAGACUUCCAGCAACGGCUCGGGAACCUGCGUCUCUUCAUGGUCGGGUGCGGCGCACUCGGCUGCGAGAACAUCAAGAACUUCGCGCUCUGCGGCAUCACCUGCGGCCCCAACGGCUCUCUCAUCGUGACCGACAACGACCGCAUCGAGGUGUCAAACCUCAGUCGGCAGUUUCUCUUCCGCGAGGAAAACGUCGGGCAGUCCAAAUCGGCGGCUGCGGCCGCCCGUAUGCGGCAGAUGAACCCUGAGGUCAAGGUGGACGCUCGCCAGGACUUCAUUGGUCUGACCACUGAGCACCUCUACCCCGACCCAUUCUGGCAGUCGCUGAACGUUGUGGUCAACGCGCUGGACAACAUAGAAGCCCGUCUCUAUGUCGACCAGCAGUGCGUUCGCUUCCAGAAGGUACUCCUUGAGGCGGGCACCAUGGGUACCGGCGGCAACGUUGAUAUUAUCGUACCAGGCAGGACGACGUCGUACGCCGACGGCGGCGCGCCAGAUCAAACGGGCGGCAUACCUAUGUGCACACUGCGCAAUUUCCCGUACAUCUACGACCACUGCAUAGAGUGGGCCCGGGCGCAGUUUGAUGACAUGUUCGUGUCGCCAAUGCAGACGGCGCAGCAGAUCAUCGAGGACCCUGCCGCCUUCACCCAGCGCAUCUACCACGAGGUGGCUAGUGGCUCGAGCGCUGGGGAGCGGCGUAGCCUUAUUGAGAAGAACAUGGGCCCGCUCAAACUGCUGAAGCGAACGCUGACAAUUCUUGCCGAUGGCCCGACGAUGGACAAGUGCGCCGCGCUUGGCUGGGAACAGCUCUUCAAGAUGUUCCGCGACCGAAUUCUCGACCUUCAGGCGGCCUUCCCGCGCGGCGCCAAGAGGAAGAACGGCGAGGAUUUCUGGAGUGGUCAUCGCAAGUAUCCAUCGGCGCUCGAAACGUCGACCGCUGGGAUUUCGAAGAAUCUAGACGCAAAGAACUUCCUGGUGGCGACUAUCAACCUGUACGCGUGCAUGUUUGGAGUGCACCCGCCGAAGCACGAGGCGCGCUUCAACUAUGAGAAGAGCCGCUGGAUGCAGGAGUACCGUACGGACGAGUGGAUUCAGGCAGAGGUGAGCAAGCUGACGAUACCAGCGUACGUGGCAGGCUCCGUCGACAACCUCGACGACGACUUGGCCGCCGAUGUGCAGGAGGGCAAACAAACGUCUACGGAGGAGGCCGAGGCCGAGCUGCACGGGUUACUGGCGGACGUUGCCGCCCUGGCGUCCAAGUGCAAAGGCAGCAAGGCGGCCGCGCUGGAGUUCGAGAAGGACGACGACGAUAAUUUCCAAAUUGACUUUGUAGCUGCAGCCAGCAACCUCCGCGCUGAGAACUACGGAAUCCCAACGCAGGAUCGGAUGAAAGUGAAGCUUGUUGCUGGGAAGAUUAUCCCUGCCAUCGCGACCACAACUUCCGCCGUGACGGGCUUGGGGCUCAUUGAGCUCUUUAAGGUCUUGCAGGAGAAGGACGUCUCAGUGCUGCGCAACGGUAUGCUAGACGUGGGCACAAACAACUACGUUCUCUUUGAACGCGACCUGCCCAUCAAGAACCUCACCAAGGUGGUGGCCACCUACAUCCCAGAGCAGGAUUACACGUACAAGAAGAAGAUCAUUCGCGUGCCGGAGGGGUUCACCAAGUAUGAUAUGAUUCGCAUCCCUAUCACAGCGGCGACCACGGUAAAGGAGUUUGCAACGAAGUUUGAAGCUGCGCUGAAUAAGACCCUUCCUGAUGGUAUUGACUACGCGUACGAGGUGGACGGGAUCGGUGUUGGCAAGGGUAUGCUGUGGAACGGCCGCCCCAGCCACCCAAAGACGAACGAGUCUCUCAUGAAGGUGAUUGAGGAGCAGAAGGUGAUUGAGGCAGGCGGCACGCUACCAGCACCAUUUUGGCAGAGCCGCGUACAGUUCUGUGACCUAUCCGUGACAGUUUCCGUCGACGACGGCGAUGACACUGUGGACGAGGUGGACGUAGAGACGGCCACUGUGUGUCUUGAAAUUCAACAGUAG